UGUCGUCAGUUCCGUAAAGCGUUCCUCCUGGCUUCAUUAAAACAGAAGAUAGAGGAUUAUUUACGAAGAGUCAGAAGACAAACGCAGUCCCAACAAGGCUUUACGGGGCUGUGACAUUUAAAUAUCCUCAAACAGGAGCGCUGCAUUGUUUCCCACGGGCAGUUUUUCCCUCGGACUGACAAAAGACACAUCAGUCUCCUCUAAGCCGCGCAUGAACUGGGAUGCACUGCUGUUAGCCUGUUAUUAGCUCGCUCGCUAGCUUCCCCAACAGCUCUGUUUUUACGACGGGACCAAGCACACCACACAGUGCAUUAUGACAGACAGCAUAAUGAGUAAAGCUGCCACAAUGGAGAUUCCUAUCAACAGUAAUGGUGACACAGGGACACUACCAGAAGAUGACAGCCUUGAACAGGCUGCAAAGCUGCAAUGGAGCUUAGAUGAGAAGGUAGGGAGCUCCAGAGGCACCAGGGACCUACAGCAGGUGAUGGUAUCAGGUCCCAAUCUCAACGAGACUAGCAUCGUAUCUGGGGGUUAUGGAGGAACAGCAGAGGGUAUCAUACCCACCAGCUCAAUCAAAGGCCCUGCUGUGCGCUACAAUGCAGAGUUUAACAAAAGGAUCCCAGUUACAGGAUUAGGUUCCAACAUGCACCACAGCAGCAGCAGCUCAUCAAUGACGGCAGAGGAGGCGACCCGCGGAGUUGCUGUGGAAAAGCUAGAAACAAUGAAGAAGUGGGGUCUCAACACUUACAAGUGUACAAAGCAAAUGAUCUCAGAGCGUUUCGGUCGGGGUUCCCGGACUGUGGACUUGGAGCUGGAGGCCCAGAUUGAGGUGCUGAGAGACACUAAAAGGAAAUAUGAGAACGUGCUGCGAUUGGCCAGAGCGCUGACCAACCACUUCUAUAACAUGGUGCAGACGCAGCAUGCGCUGGGUGACACCUUUGCUGACCUCAGUCAGAAAUCUCCAGAGCUGCGGGAUGAGUUUGGCUACAAUGCAGAGACCCAGAAGUUGCUGUGUAAAAAUGGGGAGACUCUACUUGGUGCCAUUAACUUCUUUGUGUCCAGCAUCAACACACUGGUCAACAAGACCAUGGAGGACACCCUGAUGACUAUCAAGAUGUAUGAAAGUGCUAGACUGGAGUUUGAUGCCUACCGGUCAGACCUGGAGGAGCUGAGUCUGGGUCCGAGGGACGCUGUAGCCAUGGCCCGCAUUGAAGCUGCUCAGCAACAGUACCAAGUCCAGAAGGACAAGUAUGAACGCCUCCGCUCAGACGUCAUCAUUAAACUCAAGUUCCUGGAGGAGAACAAGGUGAAGGUGAUGCAUAAGCAGCUCCUUCUCUUCCAUAAUGCCAUCUCGGCCUACUUUGCUGGCAACCAGCAACAGCUGGAGCAGACGCUGAAGCAGUUCAACAUUAAGUUGAGGCCUCCGGGGGCCGACAAGCCCUCCUGGUUAGAGGAACAGUGAGAGGGUCAGCUAGACCUCCUGCAGCCUCCUUCUCGACCACCUCCACCUGUUACCUGUUGAAACCCCCAACUUACAGAGGACCACUACAGAGGGCAACACUUACAAAUAACUGGGUGGAUGAAGAUGUGAGAUGAGCGUGUGGCUGGAUGAUGGGACAGAUGAUGGAGGAUUGGACAGAUGAAUUGCAGGGUAUUAUUGCUAAAUGGAGCAGGAAACCAAGUGGCCAGUUUCAUGAACUGUCAGGGGGCGUUUAGUGCCUCUUCCCAACUUCCUUUUUUCACUCUAACCUUCUCUUUGUGCUUCGUUUCCAGAGGAACUGAUCGUCUCUUUCUUCCCCCUCUCCUACUUGACCUGAUCUUCCUACUAUCUAAACACUACUUUGCUCUGUGAGUGUAUGUUAGUCAUCUUCAUGGCAAAUAUUGUACUCCUCAAGUGCUCCCAGUGCUCUGAGUUAAACUUCAUCCCCACACCAUCUUGGUAACAAGACAGAUGACAAAAGGAAACAUCAUAAAAAAAAUUAAAACACACUCAUAUGUAACCAGACACUACACCAAAACUCUUUUAGACCUUAUCACUCUCCUUGUGUGCCUCCUUAUAUACGAGCUAGCAUACUAAAUGAGCACGUGGCCUGCAGGAAAACAGAUAAGUUUCAAACUACACAUGAAGGAGAUCUGUAUGGUACACUGGAAAGUAAUGUCCAGACUUUAAAAAUCAAUGUACAUUUCAAAUUAAGUACUGUCUCACUUUUGAAAUGAAUAUUAUAUGAUUGUUUGUAGCUCAUAAAAACACACUGCUGUGUUUAGUUUAGUUGCUUAAUUUGACUGUUAUCUUUUUAUAUUUUAAUUAUGUUAGUUCUAGUCAGCUUGUAUGUCAUAUGCUUCAGACUGAAGGACAGUAUACUGUUUGGGCAGCGUGUGCUGGUGUUUAAGACUGCAGGUACUGCAGUGCUCAGUCUGUAAUUAUCAGAAACGCUGCAGAUUACAAUUGUAACCAGAAAGACUUCAACUUCUAUAUGCAAAGGACAUUUAAGGAACACUGCCACAGCUUCCCAAAGUUAUACUGGUUGGGUUUUUUACUAAUUGUAUUUUAUUUACCCAAAGAGAAUCUAGAGAUGUUUACUGGACCCAGUAUGUAAGAUGGGUAUGUCAGUCAAUUAAGAUCCAACAAACUUGAAUGGAUUUACUCCAUUAUUUAAUCGUUUAACAGACUGUAUUUAAAAAGAAUUCAUUACAUUUUGUUUGUUUUCACAUUGAAAUGUUUUUUUCUUAAGUUUGAUUUUUUUUAAAGCUAACAUGGACAUGUCAUUGACAUCUAGGGUCAUAUCUUUCAAUCUCCAUGAAGCAGAAUAUAUUUGUCUAUGGUUACCUUUCUUCACACUGAAGAUUACUGUAGCUGUCUAAUAUUACUAACUCUAAUAUUUCAACAUAAAAUCUUGUAAAUUAGUGGGUGGGGAGUAGGAUAACACGAAUGACUCAUCAUGUGUUUCAGUUUCUUUAACAGAAAUGCCGUCUUAGCAUAAUGGUAGUAAACAAUCAUUAAUUGUUGACAAUUAAGAGAAGGUAAUACCACAAAAUAUUGGCAUGGUACUACAUAUGUAAUGUCAAAUUUUUAUGCAUCACUGUAUUUAUUAUGUUCACUGUAUGUGUUAAUCUGUUGGAAUUGACAUAUUAGUACACUGAAAAUCCUGCUUUGUGCAAAUUACUCAGUUUGACUUUAUGGCAUUUUGCAGAUGAUGCACUAACAUGGAACAAAUAUUCUCCCGAAACUGUUCCUAAACAGCUCGGUUUCUCAGUGUCAAACUUCUGUAAGGUCAAAUGAAGAUAAUCGGUAUAGUGAAUGUUUUACCAUGCUGGACUGAACUCAUGAUCAGUUAAUGGGUUAGUCCUCCAGCUUCUUGUCUCCUCUGUAUUUGCAUGGCAGGCAGCGAUCCAAAGUAUACGUGCAGAUAUGUGUGAAUGCACUGAUGCUCUACUCUUGGCCUUCUGCACGCCAGCUCGCAUGGACAGGCAUUAUGCCGUGCUCACAGUGGUUGAUUUGAAUUUUUGAAACUGGCUGAAGCAGAAUCCAAAAUUUGGGUUUCCUUUUAAUGCUGCACUCUGAAGGACAAUUAUGAAAGGAAGAUGUUUUUUUUUGGAUGAAAAGCAAAUAUUGAAAAUCAAUUCUGUGAUUUGUUUGGCUGGUGUUUUCUGAACUCGUAUGUGUCUGUGUGUAAAAUGAGUGUAUUUUAUUCCGACUGAAAGAGUCACUCAAUAAGACCUUGGCCUCAUUUACGGCUAAAAUUGCAGUUUCAUUGGUCAGCUCCUGGUCUGUUUGACCGUCACACAGCAAUAUCAUCAAAAUGUGACUCCUCUUUUCCAAACCUGCCCCUUGAAAUUUCCUAACCCCAACACUAAAAUGAAUGGCAAUAGGAUUGUUUUGUUCCGUAGUUGUGAAAUUUCAGUAAAUUGAAAAAAAAUUGCGACAUUUAAAGUCACUCUUACUAGCAGUCUUUAGUUCGUCGCUGAGAGAGAACCAAGAUUUAUAAAAUGAGAUAUUUUAUUUGUGUACAAUCAAUAUUUUCUAGGCUGAGCUGUAUUGUACUGUAUGAAUGAUUGCACAUAAUGGUAUUUAAGAUGAUAAAUGAAGUCAUGUCAUGGAUUGAUGUGAUACUCCUGCCUUCAUUCCUCACUCAGACCUGAAAAAUCCCACCCCACCCUGAGGGAACAAAAUUAAAAGUACACAUUUUCAAAUGC